UUUGCUCUGCGGUGUUGGUAUUUAGAGCGCAGCGGCGGAGGAGCCGGGUCGCCUUCGCAUUCACCGCCGCUCGCUUCCGCGCCUGUCUCUCCGCCGGUUCCGGCCCCGCCGCGGUUUGCCCAGCUCGCCCCCGCCCCUCCCGCAGACAUGUCCGACGCCAAGAACCCCGAGUAUGCUUCGUUCUUCGGCGUCAUGGGCGCCUCGUGCGCCAUGAUCUUCAGCGCCCUGGGUGCUGCCUAUGGCACAGCCAAGAGUGGCACCGGCAUCGCCGCCAUGUCUGUCAUGCGGCCAGAGCUGAUCAUGAAGUCCAUCAUCCCAGUUGUCAUGGCUGGCAUCAUUGCCAUCUACGGCCUAGUGGUGGCAGUCCUCAUUGCCAACUCCCUGACUGAGGGCAUCACUCUUUACAGGAGUUUCCUCCAGCUGGGUGCUGGCCUGAGUGUGGGCCUGAGCGGCCUGGCAGCUGGCUUUGCCAUUGGCAUUGUUGGGGACGCCGGUGUGAGGGGUACUGCCCAGCAGCCCCGGCUGUUUGUGGGCAUGAUCCUGAUUCUCAUCUUCGCAGAGGUGCUCGGCCUCUAUGGUCUCAUUGUGGCCCUCAUCCUCUCCACAAAGUAGCCCCUCUCUGAGUCCACCAGCCACAGAAUAAGAUGUAAAGACCACCCCUCCUCAUUCCAGAACGAACAGCCUGACACACAUGCACGGGCCGCUGCCCCUCCGUAGUUGGUCUUGUAAAUGCGCAGUGUCCUAGUGCCCAUUGUCUGUUGCCCCUGCCUGGCCCCUGCCGCCCCGUGCUGUGGACAUCUGGGCCCACUCAUCUCCCAUCCAGGUUCCUGACCAGUGAGGAUGCUGGCCUUUGGCCGCCUGCCCAUCACCCUAGAGUGCUCUGUGUAUAAAGAUGUUAGAGUUGUCAUUUUUCUCUUCACUGGAUGUUUAUUUAUAAAAGAUUUGACCUGUUCAUAUGUCUGUGGAGCAGCUGUCUCCCAGCUAUAUAGUAACCUUUUAGUAGAGUGUUGCCUUGUGGGUUCCCGUUGCCGAGACUGCUUGGAUGAUAUGAUGCCCCUCUCCCUUCUGCCCGGGUUGCCAGGCUGGAGGGCAGAGUCUCGGCCGCCAGGCCAUGGCGCCACGCUGUGUCCAAUAAAGUUCUCGGAUGUGA